GUUCGGUGUCUCCCGCGUCGUGACCAAGUCUCGCCAUGCACUCGGUGGGUCAGCCAGUGGCGCAGGACGAGAUGGACGAGCUGCUGCUCGAGCUCGGGCUGGCCGCCCAGCAGGUGGCGCAGCUGAAACAGGGCGAGGCGCAGCUCGAGAUGGCCGACCUCGAGCCGGCCAGCUCGGCGGCCGACGCUGCGCCGCUGGUCGUCGACCGGCGGUCUCCGGAGCCUGGCGCUGACGCGGCGCCGGUGCCUCGCGCGGUACCCCGCGCCGGGGCCGUGCAGGUGCGAGUCUCUCCGGCGUGCUCCACGGUCCCCCGAGAGGGUGCGCGGCCGUCCAAGUCCAAGGAGAAGAAGAGCCCCGCGGUCCGUGUCCAGUAUAACAGAGCGCAAAUUGAGAUUAUACCGUGCAAAGUGUGCGGGGACAAGUCAUCCGGCGUGCACUAUGGCGUGAUCACGUGCGAAGGCUGCAAGGGCUUCUUCCGCCGCUCGCAGUCAGGCAUAGUGAACUACCAGUGUCCGCGACAGAAGAACUGCGUCGUCGACAGGAUCAACCGCAACCGCUGCCAGUACUGCCGGCUGCAGAAGUGCCUGGCCCUGGGCAUGUCUCGUGACGCCGUCAAGUUCGGUCGCAUGUCCAAGAAGCAGCGGGAGAAGGUGGAGGACGAGGUGCGCUUCUACCGCGGUAAGAUGGUGUUGGCGGCUGAGGGCUCGUCGCCCGACUCGUCCGUCUACCCGGACGGCCACCAGAUGCCGUCGUCGUCGCAGGACCCCAUCGGAGCGUACAGCAACUAUCAACCGUACACGGGCCCCAGCGAGCUGUCGGGCCAGUACCAGCCCAGCGGCUACCCGUCGCCGUUCCCGUUCUCGAUGGACGACGGCGUCGACUCGACCACGCCCUCCUGGCAGUCGCCGAUCGAGGCCAUGUCGAGCAGCCAGCAGCUGCCCGGCGCCGGCCUCAUAGGCGCAUUCGCCGGCUCAGAUCCGUCCCGCCUUUCGUACCUGCUGGCCGAGACGGUGACCGAAGCGCACAGGAAAACGCUGCUCUUCUCGAGCGAGUACAUCCAGGACAUGCUCAGGAAGCCCCAGGAUCUCAUUAAACUCUCCUACUUCAGUAAACUGAGUCACGAGGACCUGAUGAUGGACGCUGCCCAGAAGGUCACCUCCCAAAUCCAGAACAUCAUCGAGUUCGCGAAAGCGCUGCCGGGCUUCAUGGACUACCCGGAGACGGACAAGAUCACCCUCUUGAAAGCAGGCGCGUUCGAGCUGACUGUGCUGCGGAUGUCGCGGUACUUCGACCCGGCCCAGUCGGUCGUGCUGUACGGCGACACGGUGAUGCGGAUGGACUUCUUCCUGUCGGGCGACACGAUGGAGAUGAAGCUGGUGACGGAGGUGUUCGAGUUGGCGCGCGCGCUGGCCGAGCUGAAGCUGACGGAGACGGAGCUGGCGCUGUUCUCCGCCUUCUGCCUGGUCUCGCCAGAUCGGCCCGGCCUGUCCUGCCUGGACAGUGUGCAGCACCUGAAUCAGGAGCUGCUGAAGGCGCUUCGCAUCAUGCUGGAGCGCUCGCACCCGACGCCGGUCAAGGGCGACGUAUCCGCCUACCAGCUGCUGGUGUCGAAGGUCCCCAGUCUCAGGGAGAUUUCGUCCACCUACUUUGAAGUGAUCGCAAACUUCAAGCGGCUGGCGCCUCACCUGGAGUUUCCGGCCCUUCACAAAGAGCUGUUCUCAGUCGUCAGCUGAACGAAAGUGUGCGGCUGCACCGGCGCCGUAGGAACGCGAAACCCACCGGUGGCUCGACGCCGCCGCCGCCACGCUUAAACCCGGCGAUCGCCGGCUCCUCGGUGAAACAGGGGCCUAUGCGAGGAUCUGACGGCCUCCAGAGGGCCCCGAAGGCCCCGGCAGCCGACGCGGGCUCUGCAGUCCCGGGCGGGUGGAGGCCGCUCGCGCCUCUGGCGGCGAUUAGACGGACUAUUUAUUGACGUGUGUGUGUGUUGUACAUUUAUACAUAAAAGUAGUACGCUGUACGCUGGUGUCGGGUGGUCCGUGUUGUGCGCGCGUGCCGCGAGGGACGGCGACUCGUUCUGUUUGUUGGCGCCCGUCACCCUGCGAGGGCUCGUGCCUCUGUACAGAGACGGGGGCAAGCCGUACUUCCGCACCCUGGCGGCAGGAGCCGCAAUCACUGUUGACGAAGACGUGGCGUCGAUGCGUGCGCAUAAUGUCACAAACAAGUUACCUUUAGUGACUGAGCUGUAAAAAUACCGGUACAUCUGUCAUUGUUAUUGUUAAAAGUACAAAUUGUUUAGCCAUGCUAUCAAAUGGCAUGGCCGCCCUGCCGUUCCCGGCCGCUCCGAAAUGGGGCUAAAAAUUACAUUGAAAGCUGUCCCGUGCGACGAUUGUAAACGGUUUUGCCUCGCGUGUCCUGAGCUGCGUGUGCUGGGUGUUGUCACAUGGUAUGGAAUGUGCAGGUGUAUCAUUGUCUACAUUUGUAAGCUGUGUCAUGUCGGCAUGAACGUUCGAGUCUUGCGCCUUGUUCGUCAUUCUCAUAUCGCUUCAUGUUCCGGGCGCUCCUGGUAGGCUGCUCGCACGCAGAGGACAAUGCCAGAUGUCUCGUUUUAUGGUAUGACUACCGAGCUGUCUCCCGUCGCAGCAAGCGUAGCAGCAUUUCUUAAAAGAAUCGGUAUUUUGUAAGCGCUACAUUUGACAAGCUUUUGUGCGAAGUAACAGAUGAAUGAAUAUACGGAUCACAAAAUA